AUGGGUGUGCGCGGCUUGCUCAGCUACGUGCUGCGGCAUGCUGAUGCUAUGUCCCAACGCGUGGACCUCGCCCAAGAGGCCCAGUACUACGGCCGCAACGGUGUGACGCUGCUGGUGGAUGUUCUUGACUUCUGUGCCUGGUUUCUUCCUGAGGUGGACCGCGCAGCCAAGGGCUGGGAGUCAGAUUCCACCUUCCAGGUCUAUGGCAGCGACUUUGCUCAGCACGACGAGGCAUUGUGCGAGCUGAUCUUCGCCCUUCGCCAUGCAGGCAAAGGGCUCGGCAUCUAUCUUGAGUUCUUCAUGGACCCUCCCCGUGGUUGUGGGCUCCUGGAUGCAGCGACAAGUGCGUGGACCGAAGAGGCGAAGCGCCGCUGCAGCCAGGGCCUAGAGGCAGCGAAGGCUGUUCGUCAGUGGUGCCGAGGAGAGCGGAAUGAUCUUCCAAACAUAACAGAGGCCGCUGAAUUCGUGAUUGGUGCUGAGCGCGGUGCCUUGCGCCGCUUUUCUACGAGCAGGAACGUGCUUUGGGAUCCUGAGGGCGUGGCUCAGAGUGGUCACAUGUUUGGGGCAUUGUAUCGGACAACGUCGAUUGGGCGGUAUGCCAAGGAGUGCUUCAGCGUGGCGUACACGUCCUCAGACGUCAUAGCAGAAUAUCUGAGGCUGGGCCAUCCUCCGAAAGAGGAAGACCUGAAGGCUCCUUGUAGGGUUUCUGCACCUGGAUGA